AUGGGGGAGGCGCCCAGCCCCGCGCCCGCGCCCGCGCUCUGGGACUGGGAAUACCUGGACCGCUGCUUCGCCCGCCACCGCGUCUGCAUCUCCUUCGGCCUCUGGAUCUGCGCCGCCUCCUGCUGGAUCGCCGCCCACGCGCUGCUGCUCUAUCUGCGAUGCACAAGGAGAGGCAGACGGGAGCAGUCGGCGCUGUGUGCUGCGUGCUGCCUCCUGGCCAGCCUGUGUGACGCCAUCGGGGCCAUCCUGGCCAGACAGCUCACCAUCCAGGUUUUCACUGGUGCCUACCUAGCAGCCGUUGACUUAGCGAACUUCGUGUUCAUUCUCUUCCCAGUCUGUGGAUCCAAGUUCAAGCCUCAUUCGGGUGGGGACACCCAAGAGAGGAAGAGGAGGCGGCGCCUCAGGGCCAGCAUCUUUGCCCUGGCCCUGCCCUUGAGCCUGGGCCCUGGCUGGGCUCUGUGGGCUGCUGUCCCCAAGGCCUCCGCCCUGGUGCGGGGGCCGCAGCGGAGGCUGCUGGGAAGCCUGCUGCAGGACGAAGCUGAAGUCCUCGGCUACCUGCUGGGUGUCGUCGCUGCCCUUGGCUCCUGGGCUACCCGGAUCCCCCCACUCUCCAGAAUUUGCCGGGGGAAGCCCUUUCCCUCCAUCCAUCUGUGGGCCCGGGCCCUGGCCAGCCUGGCGGGCCUCCUCUACGCCUCGGCCAUUGUGGCCCAUGACCGGCAGCCUGAGUACCUGCUGCGGGCCACACCCUGGCUCCUGACCUCCCUCGGCCGCGCUGCGCUGGACGUUGCCAUCAUUUUGCUGUCGUGCGCGAUGAAGAGCAAGAGGAGGCGGGCUUUGGCCCUGGCUGCGGAAGCCACAGAGAGCGCCGACACCGAAGCCCUGCUGACCUGUGCCGACCCAGAGGAGGAGAGCCAGGAGGCGAGGACCGGGGACAAGAAAACAGAUUGGAUGCCCCUCACCACCCUGUCGCAUGGCAAGUCACUGAGGGCGAUGGCGGCCAUCAGUCACUACUUGGAGCUGACCAUUGAGCCCGUGCAGCAGGCCGGCUGCAGCGCCACCAGGUUACCCGGCGAUGGACGCACAAGGGCUGGGGACGCAUCGCCGCAGGAGCCCCCCUCGUAUCCCCCUGUUCAGGUCAUCCGGGCCCGCGUGUCUUCCAGCAGCUCCUCUGAGGUCUCCUCCAUCAACUCGGACUUGGAGCAGAAGUAUUGGGAGGCCCUAAACUCGGAGCAGUGGGACCCUGAAGAUGUGAAUCUUGAGGGACACAAGGGCAACAUGGAGCCAGCUGGCUCCCAGUCACGUGGAGACUCUUUGAGGCCUGUAGACUUGACUUUGGAUGACUAACACCUGCAGCCAGCCCACCAGCUCAGAGCCCACGGUCAGUAACGCAGCAGGGAUCCCAUGGCAGGAUUUCAGCCGCUACAGAAGCUGCCCAGGGAAAUGAGGAACCAAAAGCUGUUCGUGAGCCUGGCCGAUCUACAUCAUGGCUCAGACAGGAAGUUCAGGCCGUGUGUCCUGUGGGCAGAUCUGGAUAUGUCAGCGUUGUUUGAAGAUCACAAGAUCACAGAUGGCUCUCGCUUUGUAAAGAUAAACCUUCACGUACGGGACAUUAGGGCUCUACCCACCCCCCCCACCCCUUCCCUCUACUCCCUCGAGAUUCAGCCAUAAACGGAAUCCCUUCUAGGUUCCAGGAAUGAGUUCACUUCACAAACAGCUGACGUGUGUGGACUGCAGCAGAGCCUCUUCUGCAAGACUCAAGCCCAGACGAGAGAGGUGGGCCCACCCGCCAGGAGGCCUGGGGGUGUGCACAGGAACUGCUCCCCAGUCAUAUACUUGAGUUACCUGCUGGAAGCUAUAGCUAGGACUGCCCAGGCAACCAAGUGUUUGCGAGAUCACUGGUAUUGCCAAGAACAAACAAAGCAAACGACUCUGGGUGCCAGGACUUCUUAGAACCUGGCACGGUAUGUGCCAAGACAGGGUUUGCAGAUGAAGGGGACUGCAUGCUUCAAGGCCUAACGGAAAGCAUGCCGAGGGUAAGAGGCACGGCAGGAGCACAGCAACCCCACGUUAGCACUGUUCUGAUACUGUGAUCCCCGAGUGAGGGCAUGGGUGAAGGGAAGGGCGCGCGGGUGAGGGCGAACACUGGUGUGAACAAGCUUUUACUGAAUGAAUGGAUGUGACUCACCGUGGAGGACAGGGCUAAGUCUGCCACCAGGGGGACUGGGAGAGAUGCCAAGGAGCGGCUCUCCUCCUGGCUGACCCCAGUAACCCUGUGACUCAGCCUCAGCUGCCAGUCACUCCUAAGGGGUACUGCAUGCCCCGGCAGCAGCCGUGGUGUCUUGGAGAAGCAAGUUGGCUCUGCACAUCUCCACAUAGAUCUGAAUCCCCUGGGUGACCUCUGAACUAGAAGUAAACUUAAAGCCACCUUCUCUUUCCCUUAUUUGAGCUGCCAUGGUCUCUGGCCAUCGUGCGUGGGAAAAGUUCGCUAAGGCUAGCUUUGCUUUGUGAUUUUAACCACUGCAGUUGUACUUUGGAGGAAGGAGAUGUGAGAGGAUGCCUGGGUGUGAGGGGGAAGAGCACUCCAGCAGAGGAGAUGGGACAGAGCACUGGAGGCA